CACGUGCGAUGCAGGUAGCUGUGCAGCUGCUUGGGAUCGGGGCAAAGCCUCGAACCCAGACCCCACGGGAUGGGACGCCAGUGAAAGGAAACAGAACAAGGACGAUACAGCGACCUGGAGUCGAUUUGCUCAGCGCCUGCUAAGGCCUGGUUGUCCCUGGGGAUCAAAGCAGUGUCAGGGGAAGCUUUGAAACAGUUCAGUCGAACACAGCUCAGACCCAGCCUGGCUGGUUGGGGUAUUGGGGCAAAACUCACCAUCAAAUUAUAUUUGACAGGAGUUUUUCCUGAUCACACCACGUAGCCAAACCGCUCCUGAGCUGUAAUCCAGUGAGCUGCUUUGAAACUGUCCUUACGAAGGGCUCUGCCGGCACCGCCAGCCCCAGUGCGAACAGGGCCAUAGUUACUGCUGGCUGCAGAAAGGUGAACAUGUCCCCUGGUUUGGAGUCCGUGAGUCUAACAGAGAGAGAAAAGAUGCGGGACGAGUCAUCUCCUGCUCAGGAGCCGGAGCCAGAGCCAGACCUGGGUUCCCAGGAAACCCAAAUGAAACAAAACGGAACAACUCACAUGCUCAUCCCCCCCCAGGCUGGAGAGAGCUGCACAAUCUGCCCUACAGGUUUGCUAUCUUGGUUAAAACCAUGGGCACGUCGCUGGGCAGUUCAGAGUGUGAGUCUCAAUCUCGUACUGAUCAUCACCAUCAUCAUCUUCAUCAUCAUCACCAUCGCACUGUCAGCAAAGAAACCUGAGCCGUGUCCAGCUUGUGCUGCCUCCCCAGUGGCUGCCUGCCCAGACAGCUGGAUCGGGCACCUGGGGAAGUGUUACUAUUUCUCACAGGCUGAAGGGAACUGGACCUACAGCCAGAGCAACUGCUCUGCCCUCGGUGCCUCCCUGGCGGCGAUUGACACCCAGCAGGAAGCGGAUUUCCUGAUGCGCUAUAAACGAUCCUCUCACCACUGGAUCGGCCUCCGGAGGGAACCGGGCCAGCCCUGGAUGUGGACCAAUGGCACCAAAUUCAACAACUGGUUUACAAUAGCAGGAGGAGGCCUGUGUGCUUUUGCGGACAAUGGCGAAAUUGCCAGUUCAGGCUGCUCCAAGGAGGGACACUGGAUCUGCAGCAAAGCAGCAGAGAAUCCAGCAGGCAGAGCAAAGUGACUGACCCUGGAUGCGUCGGGCCUUGUCCUUUCAGUGGGGCUGGGCCCAGCUGCCUCAGCGCAUGGGGAACUGGAUGGGGCUGGCGAAGGGGGACAGCCCAGCAGCAAGGAAGAGAGACGCUGAGGGACAUCAGGUAGCUCCUCCCCUUGGAGCCUCUGGCCCCCAUUGGCCCAUUGGGGACUGGGGUGAGGGUGCGGAUUGGCCAGCAGCCCCCAGCUCACUCUCUGGCACAGAGACAGGAACCUUCUGACUUGGAAAUCAGCAGGGGAGCAGCCAAGCUGCUGUGUCCCUCCUGUCAGGGGCCCAGGGCAGGAGCCUGGCCCGGGCUGGGGCUAGAGCCAAUGUACCGGCUGGGGCCAGCGGGAGGUGCUGUGACUCCUGCAGCCAUGGGGCCUUCGGGAGGUGCUGUGAACCCUGGAGCCAUGGGGCGAAGGGGCUGGUGUGACCCCUGCAGCCUGGGGUGAGGACGCAUAAACUCUGCUGUGCAGCGAGAAGGGCUGUUGUGUCAGCCCUGCUGAGCGCUGUGGGAGCGAGAAGAGACGCCGCGGCCAGGAGGGGAUUGCUGGGACGUGCUAGGACAGACGUGUGUGUGUGUGUAUAUCCAUGUGUGUACAGAAUUAUUUGUAUAAUAAUACACCAGCUCCCACAAGGGAAACUUUUAUUUUGUAAAC